AUGUCCUGUUUAAAUGGCACUGAGUUCCACCCCUCUUUUUUCCUCUUGCUGGGAGUUCCAGGCCUUGAAGAGAUGCAUGUGUGGAUCGGUUUACCUUUUGGCUUUGUGUAUUUGAUCGCCCUUGUUGGGAACAUCACUAUCUUGUUUGUGAUCAAGAAUGAACACAGUCUUCAUCAGCCCAUGUUUUACUUCUUGGCAAUGUUGGGCUCCGUUGAUCUGGGCCUAUCCACAUCCACAAUUCCAAAGAUGCUGGGCAUCUUCUGGUUUAACUUACGGGAGAUUAGCUUUGGGGGAUGCGUGACCCAGAUGUUCUUCAUCCACAUAUUCACCGCAAUGGAGACUGUUGUGCUGGUUGCCAUGGCCUUUGACCGAUAUGUUGCCAUCUGUAAUCCUCUGCGGUACAGCCUGAUUCUAACGAACAGAACGAUUGGUCUCAUCCUGGUGGUGGUAUUUGGAGUAAAUUUCAUGUUGGUCAUUCCUCUGGUGUUUCUCAUUUUGAGACUGCCUUUCUGUGGACACCAUAUAAUCCCUCACACAUACUGUGAACAUAUGGGAAUUGCUCGUCUGGCCUGUGCCAACAUAAAGGUAAACAUGAUAUUUGGAUUGAUUCUUAUAUCAAUGGUGCUUGCUGAUGUGCUUCUAAUUGCCAUCUCCUACAUGCAAAUCCUACGAGCUGUCUUCUGCCUGCCUUCCCGGGAUGCCAGGCUCAAGGCACUUAACACAUGUGGCUCCCACAUCUGUGUCAUCCUGGUCUUCUUCACUCCAGCUUUUUUCUCCUUCAUGACCCACAGGUUUGGCAGGAAUGUUCCUGCAUACAUUCAUAUUCUCCUAGCUAAUCUAUAUGUCGUUGUUCCCCCUGCCCUGAAUCCUGUCAUCUACGGGGUGAGGACUAAGCAGAUUCGGGAGCAGGUUUUAAGCAUCUUUUGGAAGAAAAGUUGA